AUGGCCGGCGCGAGAGCCGCGAACGGCGUGCGCAACGUUGCGAAGCCGGAGGACGGGAUGAGGACCAAAAUCCUGCUGCUUGGCAUGCGCAGGAGCGGAAAGACGUCCAUCCAGCAGGUACUAUUCGACGACCUCGCUCCCAGAGAAACACUCUUCCUCGAGACUACCACCCAGAUCACCAAACACCACUUCGAUACUGUCAUUCCCCUCGAAAUAUGGGACUGCCCCGGAGAUAUCACUCUCGAAGCCCUCGGCACCCCCAUUGGCCAAUUUUCGACCAUGAUCUUCGUCAUUGACAUCCAGGAUCUGUACCAGCAGCCAAUUCAGAGGCUCGUGGACUUUGUGGUCGCCGCCUACAAGGCACACCCCAAUAUCAACCUGGAGGUUUUCGUUCACAAGGCGGAUGUUCUUAGUGACGAGUACAAGUUCGAGAAUUUCCGGCAUAUCCAGUCACGCGUCCUCUCUGACCUCGGCUACGUCAGCGCAGAGUACGAGACCAUCCCGAUCAACUUUCAGCUCACGUCAAUAUACGACCAUUCCCUCCAUGACGCUUUCUCGCGAACACUACAUAAGCUAGUGGAUUCACUACCUUACCUUGAAGAUUUGCUCAAUGUCUUUUGUGCUCGCUCACAAGCAACCAAAUCGUUUCUCUUCGACAUUGCAUCGCGGCUAUAUGUCGCCACUGAUGCCUCACCAGUUGACCCACCAACACACAACUUGUGUAGCGACUAUCUGCGGACUCUGAACACCUUCGGGCCGCUAUACAAAUCAGUCUCAGUCAGCGCCCCACGAAUGCGGGCCGUUCCACAGCCCCCAGCCCAUUCCCCAGCCGCCUCAGCCCCCGCCUCGCCUCAACCCGUACCCCGCUCGGCAAGCGUCUUCGCAUCGCCAGUCGUCUCCCCCGCAUCCCCCGCGCUCUCAACACACACCUCCCCACGCGGUGCUACGCGACAACUUCUUCCCACUGCACCUCCCCCAGCCACGACCGCCCUCGCCGGCUCGAUCUCCGUCGAAUGCUCGGCUACCGCGCUCCCACCGUCCCUCUCCCCCACCGCGUCCGCGUCCGCAUCGAGCCCGAACGGCAACGGCCACACGCCCGCGAACGGCCCGUCGGCGGCGCACGCGCAGCCCCGCUUCUACCCGUGCGCGGCGGCGGCGCUCUCCCCGAGCGCGAGCGGGGGCACGACGCUCACGUACCACCUCAUCACGCCCAAGCUCGCGCUGCUCGCGCUGAUCCCGACGCCGGUGUUCGACGCCCGGCGCGGGCUGCUCGAGUACAACGUCGUGUUCUUCCGCGAGGGCGUGCAAGAGAUCUGCGAGGUCGAGGCGGACGCGCGCCGAGGCGGGUGA